AUGAUAUUGGGGGCAAGCACCUGCAAUCUGAGCGCUCAGCACAACUCACUGAGCUCUCAAAAUACAAGAUGUACCAACUUGCAUCUAACAAAGUCUGCUGUUGGGGACUCAUUGGUACGCGAAUACAGUACAGUGUGCGCGUCCUUAUCAGUGAUUGAACAGUGGAUAUCAAUUUAUAUCGCAAGAACAAAUGGGCGUUGGACUGUCAUUGCCUGGAUGGACCACGGAAGAUCCUUGGAAGAAUCGCCCCCAGGACCGUGGACUAGUCACAUCGAGGCCAAGGCAAGACCACUACCGGUCAUCCAACAUCAUCCUAAAAUGGCGUUUAGAACGACCACCAAUCGCCUAAAGACAGAGGCGAAUACCACGGCAGAGUCUCUACAAAGCACAACCUUGCUUCCUCUGCAGUACGAUUCUUUAAUGGCGCUUGUUGAUCUGGCUCCUCGCGCGCCCCAGGAUCCACUGACCAUGUGUAUCCCGUUAUUUGCCCACGCAGCAUUCUCUGAAGUGCAAUUUCUGAAUCUUAUGGAAUCCAGAAUCCAUAUUCAACUAGACCUGAUCGUUGCAGAUCAUCUAGCUGAUGCAUUAGGAAAAUUGCAAGACUUUACCAACAUCCUGAAUCGACAUACCCAGCACCUGAAAGAUAGUGCCCAUGCACUUCGCAAAUUAGUUGAACAAAGCAGGCAGGGGUCAAGUUUUGCCGACUCUGAUACUCUAAGCACGAAACUUGACGUUCCCUCAUGUCAUAGUCCAUGGCUACCCCCAGAUAUGGAUAGACUUGGGGAAUUUUCUCUGCCUAUAUUUGACGGUACCUUUACCCCGAUGGGAAUUAUGGAAGAUUAUGAUAAACUUUGCAUACGUUGUACUGAAUUAUCCGGAAUGUGCACGCAAGGCAUAAGUCUAGCCAUGAAUAAAGCCACAAUUGAGGAGUCACGAAAAGCCAUCGAGCAGUCUGGCCGGCUCAAAAGGUUAACUCUACUUGCUACCCUCUUCAUUCCUGUUAGUUUCAGCUCUAGCUUAAUGGGUAUGAAUAUUGAUCUUCUUGGGCAAAAUACAGUGAAGUUUUGGUGGUUUUUUGUCUUAUGUGUUCCAAUAACUCUUAUGGCUUAUGGCUUCUAUCUUUGGGACUUUCAGUUCCUUAAGUGUUGCUGGGAGAGUUUCUGGAAAGGAUAUGAAGGUACCACGCGAAAUUUGAAAUUUGGGAGAUACAAGAAAAAUUCUGAAUGUAUUGCAUGA